CUCUUUUGUCCGCCCCCCCCUCCCGCGCGGCCUCUCCCCGCCCCGAUACCGGGGUCUAUGGGCCAGCAGAGCGCGCCCCGGCCACUCCGCCCGCUCCCUCCGCCGCGGCCGCCGCUCGCCUCGUGUCCGCCGUCUGCUCUGCCCUCCAACCAGGCCAAAAUGAAUCGGGAAAAGUUAGCAAGGAUGCAGCAGCAGGUGCGCAUUGGUGGUAAGGGUAGUGUGCGAAGGAAGAAGAAGAUUGUACACCGCUCCUCCGCCACUGAUGACAAGAAAUUACAGAGCUCCCUUAAGAAGCUCACAGUCAAUAACAUUUCUGGUAUUGAGGAGGUGAACAUGAUCAAGGACGAUGGAACAGUCAUUCAUUUCAACAACCCCAAGGUCCAGGCCUCCCUAAAUGCCAAUACCUUUGCUGUGUCUGGCCAUGCAGACAACAAACAGAUCACAGAAAUGCUCCCAGGCAUCCUAAACCACUUGGGUGCAGAGGGCUUCAACCAGCUCAAGCGACUUGCCUCAUCCGUCAAUGCUUCAGGUAGUGUACCUUCUGGAGGUGCUGAUGAUGACGACGAUGAUGUCCCAGAGCUUGUUGAAGACUUCGAAGCAGCUAGCAAGACAGAGACAGAUACAAAGAAAUCUGCAGUUGCUGGUGAGAGUAAAGAGGCAGAUGAUGAUGUACCGGAAUUGAUAGAGGUUGAACCAGCUCCUGCCAAAGAAGAUAAGGUAGAAACUCCAGCUAAAGAGGAGAAGAAGGAUGCUGCACCUGCUGCUGCUCCUGCUCCUGCUCCUGCUCCUGCUAAAGAGGAGAAGGAUGUUGCACCUGCUGCUACUCCUGCUCCUGCUCCUGCUAAAGAGGAGAAGGAGGAUGCUGCUCCUGCUGCUGCUCCUGCUCCUGCUCCUGCUCCUGCUAAGGAAGAAGCAAAGGAAGAGGCUCCUGAAAAGCAGGCCCCCAAAGAACAGAAGAAAAAGGGUGCAAAGGGAGAGCCUAAAAAGAAGGGUGCUCCUGCCAAGGAAGAGGCACCUGCCCCUGCAAAGGAGGAACCCAAGAAGGAAGCCCCUGCCCCUGCCAAGGAGGAACCCAAGAAGGAAGCCCCUGCCCCUGCCAAGGAGGAACCCAAGAAGGAAGCCCCUGCCCCUGCCAAGAAGGAAGCCCCUGCUCCUGCCAAGGAGGAACCCAAGAAGGAAGCCCCUGCCCCUGCCAAGGAGGAACCCAAGAAGGAAGCCCCUGCUCCUGCCAAGGAGGAAUCCAAGAAGGAAGCCCCUGCCCCUGCCUCUGCCUCUGCCCCUGCAAAGGAGGAACCCAAGAAGGAAGCCCCUGCCCCUGCCCCUGCCAAGGAGGAACCCAAGAAGGAAGCCCCUGCCCCUGCCAAGGAGGAACCCAAGAAGGAAGACCCUGCCCCUGCCAAGGAGGAACCCAAGAAGGAAGCCCCUGCCCCUGCCAAGGAGGAACCCAAGAAGGAAGCCCCUGCCCCUGCCAAGGAGGAACCCAAGAAGGAAGCUCCUGCCCCUGCAAAAGAGCAGCCCAAGAAGGAAGCCCCUGCCCCUGCCAAGGAGGAACCAAAGAAAGAAGCUGCCCCAGCCCCAGCCCCAGCCCCAGCCCCAGCCCCAGUAAAAGUUCCUGCCCCUGUCCAAGCACCAGUCCCAGCCCCUGUCCCUGCCCCAGUAAAGGUUCCUGCCCCUGCACCAGCCCCUGCCCCUGCCCAAGCACCAGCCCCUGCCCCUGCCCAAGCACCAGCCCCUGUGCCUACCCCUGCCCAAGCACCAGCCCCUGUGCCUGCCCCUGCCCCUGCCCAAGCACCAGCCCCUGUGCCUGCCCCUGCCCAAGCACCAGCCCCUGUGCCUGCCCCUGCCCCUGCCCAAGCACCAGCCCCUGUGCCUGCCCCUGCCCCUGCCCCUGCCCCUGCCCAAGCACCAGCCCCUGUGCCUGCCCCUGCCCCUGCCCAAGCACCAGCCCCUGUGCCUGCCCCUGCCCCUGCCCAAGCACCAGCCCCUCCCCUGUCCCCUGCCCCUGCCCAAGCACCAGCCCCAGCACAAGCCCCUGCCCCUGCCCCUGCCCCUGCCCAGGCACCAGCACCAGCACCAGCCCCUGCCCCUGCCCCUUCCCCUUCCCCAGCAAAAGUUCCUGCUCCUGCCCCUGCCCCUGCCCCUGCCCAGGCACCAGCCAAGGCACCAACCCAACCACUGGCCCCUGCUGCUCCUGCUCCUACCCCAGCUCCAGCACCUGCUCCUGGCCUAGCUAAAGCCCCUGUACCUGCUGCUGCUCCAGCCCCAGCCCCAGCCCCAGCCCCAGCCCCAGCCCCAGUCCCAGUCCAAACUCAACCACCUGCCCCUGCCCCUGCCCCUGCCCCAGCCCCAGCCCCAACCAAAGCACCUGCCCCUGCCCCUGCCCCAGCCCCAACCAAAGCACCUGCCCCUGCUCCUACUCAAGCACCUGCCCCUGGUGGUCAGCCAAGUAAACCGGCCAAGAAACAGAAGGGCAAGGGGAAGUAGGCUGAAAAGAAGCCUGCAGUAACAGAGAAUGAGGAGGAAAAGGAAGAGGCUAAGAUCAAGGAGGUCAAAGAUGAUGAAGAGGAACCUG